AUGAGUCACUGUCUUCAGGAACAGACAUUCACUCGUUUCACUUAUUGUGAGAAUUGCGGAGGACUUUUAUGGGGAUUCGCACGACAAGGACUCCAAUGCCGAGACUGUGCAUACAUUUGCCAUCAUGGCUGCCAAAAUGAUAUCCCUCCUUGUACUCACGGCGCGGCCCCGUCUUCGACCUAUUCUCCGGCAGCGAAAGCGCUACGAUCCCUGCAACAGACUCAGCAACCCACAGCAGCCCGUCGUCGACCUGAAUCCAUGCCUAACAUUGAUGCAUCGCAAUUACGCCGUUUGUUCUCCUCUGACCAUGUCCAGAAUGUGCUUGUAGACGCUGCUGUGCAUGCGUCCGAUACCGACCAACCUGUCAAUGAUUACUUGGCGCAUAUGCCGCCACUGAAUCCUCAAAUCACGGCCAAGAAUUUUUCACGGUUUGUAGCCCGAUGUGGCCCAUUGUUUGCGUUCCGUGAUGCGGUCAUUCUACUAUUAAGCUGGGACAAACCCAUUGAUACAUUGGUAGCGCUGAUCAGCUACUGUAUCCUUUGUUUAUACCCAGCACUGAUCCUUUUCAUUCCUUCGCUGGUCUUGUUGUGGAUCAUCAUUGGAGGCUACUAUAAACGGUAUGGAGACACUUUACAUCCGUCGACAUCGGAAUCCAGUAUGCAGGAAGGACCCACGACGGUGCCAUCAAAGUCAUUUACGCCUGCGCCCAACACACCAUUGAAACGUACGGCUUUUGCCUUCAGCUUUGCGUCGGCAUUAUUCCCCGCCUUUGACGAAUCGUCACCUGAAUAUCUGCGAAACAUGCAAAAUCUGCAAAACAUGAUGGGAGAAAUGAGCGAUGUGUACGAUUUGGUGAUGGUCAAUAUGCAGUACGUCAACUGGUCGGACGAGGAACAAACGAUGCGUUUGCUGCAAUUGGUCCUUGUGUCCUUGGUGGGCCUAAGUUUGGUGGGUUGGCUUAUUCCGCUAAACUGGAUCUGCCUUGUCGCUGGUGUGGCGGUGUUUCUCAUCAACACCCGGUUCGCCAAAUACGCCAUGAAAGAAUUGUUGCCCCCUUUGAUCGAAUUCGGCCAAUGUCAAAUGAACAAUACCCUCGCUCAGUACAACGAAUAUGAGAAGCGCGUCACGUCUGAGCAGCAAAUACAACAAGUAUCGUUGUACGAAAACCAGCGAUGGUGGAGCAACAGUGGUUUUGCGCCUCAGUUGUUACGCGAUGAACGAGGACCAUGGUCGGAUAUGUCGGGAAGAUUGGCUUUAUCAUGCAAGGAAGAAUUUGCGGCACCGGAAGGCUACCAAUGGAAGGAAGAUAACUGGGAAUUGGACACCACCGGUCCAUGGAUUGACGACAGUCUUGGUAUAGGUAAGAACAAUGAAACCAAGGGCAUUUGA